AUGAAGAAGGAAGAUGGGUGGGACAGCACUUUCACGAAAGUUGGAGAGAAUAUGCACAACAUUGAACACAACUUGAGAACAAUCCAGCGGUCAAGAAGUGACGACAUCUUAUCUGAGCAAGUUCUGACUCCUGCUGCCGAAACAGGCACUGGAAGUCAGUCGCUCACAUAUGUAUUUGGUGUGGGUGUUGACCUUAAUAACAAACAACCUUUGCCCGGUACUCGUGCCCUUCCUACUAAGACGUGA